GGAUAAGUUUGGUGGUUGGCCUGUACUGGAAUCCUCGCAGUGGAAUGAAUCCAAUUUUAAUUGGUUUGAAUCAUACAUAAAAUUAAGACAAAUAGGAGUCGUCGACAAUAUGCUAAUCAGUAUAUUCGUUGACAUCGACGACAAGAACAGUUCAAAACGUGUUUUAUAUUUAGAUCAGCCAUCGUUGGGUCUCUUUGAUAGGGAUCUACUCAUGAAAGGUAUGAACGACUCGUCGGUCGCCGCUUAUUAUGAUCUGAUGGUGAAAAGCGCG